AAAAAGUUAAUUUGUUUAUAGAACGUCUUGUUUUGUGUUUUUGUUACAAUUUUAUAAAUUUACAUUUCGGUUAUUGUUCGGUUUUAUACGAUAAUAAAUAUUUAGGAUAGAAAAUCAAAAUGGACAUAAAAAGUGAUAUGGAUUUAAGCGGAAAAUUAAUAAUUAAAGUAUCAUUAGGGGAUGAUAUUAGGCGAAUUCCAAUUCAUAAUGAAGCAAUUACGUACGAUGAACUUGUUUUGAUGAUGCAGAGAGUUUUUAGGGGAAAACUGACUGCAAAUGAUGAAAUUACUUUGAAGUACAAAGAUGAAGAUGGUGACCUAAUUACUAUAUUUGAUAGUUCAGAUUUAUCAUUUGCUAUACAAUGCAGCAGGAUAUUAAAAUUACAUAUUUUGCUGCCAGCAAGUGUUACACCAGAAAGUACGGCUGCUAUUUCAGAUUCCAAUGUGGGAAAACUUAAAAAUCAGCUCAGAUCCAUUAGGGAUGAAGUCAACAAGAUUCUGGAUAGCUUGGAUGGAAAGGGAAAUCAAAAUGAAAGUGGACAUGUUAAAAGUGAACCUUCCGCCGAAUCAGCCCCGCCAAAUGCAGCCCUAAACAAGGUAAACUCCAGCGAGUUCGAUCCGUUGCAAGAGAAAAUCCAACAAAACGGCUCCGACGAGAAAAAAGAAGCGCCGAUGCCGAGUCAACACCAGCAGCAGCAGCAGCAACGGCCCGGCAGCGAACCCAACAGCAGGCCGCAGUCAGUUUCGAUGCCCGCCCCCACCCCUACGAUGACUUCUCAGCCGCAGGCCACCUCGGCCAAUCACAACAGCCACGUCGGCGAUUACUUCAACCGCACCACUGCGGCCAGCAGCUACCCCCAAAUGCAGUACAGUUCCAUGCCCUACCAGCCCCAGUACAGCUAUCCUUCAGGCUACGUGAUGGACGGCGGCCAGGUGGCCAGUUCUGGCGGGUACAGCGGCCCUGGCCAGGCGGUGUCGCAGGGGCAGGCCGCGCACCCUUAUCCGACGCAACCGCCGCAGCAGCAGCAGUACGGCAACGCGCCCGGCGGCGCGGUCUACUCCGCGCAGGCGCAACCCAACCCCUACUCUAAAGGAUACACGCAACCCUCGCCGCAGCACGGCUACAUGCCCCCACGCCAAUAGAUGGCGUUGAUGUUUUUAUGAGAUUUUUUGUACGGUUGCAGCGAGUUUUUGUCGAUUUUACGAUUUUUUGCGACCUUUAUUCAAUAAAUUUUGUUUUUACAGUAACAACCAAAUCUUGUU